GCUGGUGAGUUUUUCAUACCCUACCGCUCACUUUAUACAUUAGCUGUUACAUAUGCACGACACGCCGCUGUAUUUUGGGUGAGCCUUCUCUCUCCCUGUCCCUUUAACCGGGGACGGGGCGCGUGCAGCGUGCUGACGUGCCUGACAUAUGGCGGCGCUGUGGCUGUCCGUACUUGUGCAGAACUUAGCUGCUAACUGGAACUUACUCGGCUCUCUCAACCGACACAACCCCCUCGGUUUUCUGCGGUCAAAGCAGCUUUAACGCUAGUUCUUAAUCUGUGGUCGUUUAAAUACGUGGCACGCGUGUAUUGAUACAGGGUCUCGUGGUUCCACGCCCGCCAGGAAGGUCACUGAUUUUUUUUUGUUUUUCUUCUUCUUGUAUGGGCCACUCUCAUUAGUUUGAGGGAUUCUGUGACAUAACGCUCAAAAAGUGACUUUGUACCAACAGAUACUGAAGUCCAUCAUGGCAGGCGAUAUGAUGUUAUUGAUGCGAGGCUUGGCCAAGUUGAGCCAGGCAGUGGUGGAGACUCAGAGCAGCACCCUGCGCAGCGGAACAGCAGUACCAGGGCUCGGUGCAGCUGUGCAAGGUGUCCAAGUAGCUGCAGAGCAAGGCCUGUCUGUGGCCAUGAUGAAAAUGCAGGAGCUGUCUGGACAGCAGGAAACCUCCUCAUCAGAGUCCGAGUUUGACUUCCCUCAGGAUGAUAGCACAUUCACACCCUCUGAGUUCAGGGAGGAAGGAGUGGACUUCACAGCCGAACCAUCUGAGAAUAGUACCGAGGCAACAGCGGGGCCGAACCAUGUCGGUGGGAGCAAGCCAUUGUUUGAGGGAUACAAAGAUCCAAGCAAACAGUUUAGUGGUCACACCAGAUCAUACCACCAGGACGCCAGACACUUCCUUGGACAGCAUCAACUCUACAGCCAAAGCCUGAACAGGCAUGUUUGGCAAGAUGUUUAUUGUCAGCACCCGGUGAGUCAGCCCAGGUUCUACCAUCAAGACCCGCCCUCAGUAGGGGGUUUGACGGCAGAAGACAUAAGGAAAACCAGGCAGAGCAAGAGGCCUGACGCCAAACCACACAAACAGAUGUUAAGUGAGAGAGCCCGAGAGAGGAAGGUGCCUGUGACCCGGCUUGGCAGACUGGCUAACUUUGGAGGUUUGGCUGUGGGUUUGGGUAUCGGAGCCCUGGCAGAAGUUGCCAAGAAGACCAUCGGAUUCAAUGGUGCGGCAGGUGACAAUAAGAAAGCGGUCCUGGACUCCAGCCCUUUUCUGUCAGAGGCCAACGCAGAGCGCAUUGUCAGAACCCUUUGCAAAGUCCGAGGAGCGGCACUGAAACUUGGACAGAUGCUCAGCAUACAAGAUGAUGCAUUCAUCAAUCCUCAACUUGCCAAGAUUUUUGACCGCGUAAGACAGAGUGCUGACUUCAUGCCAAUUAAACAAAUGACAAAAGCGCUGAACAGUGACUUGGGUCCUAACUGGAGAGACAAGCUGGAAUCUUUUGAGGACCGUCCGUUCGCAGCAGCCUCCAUUGGUCAAGUUCACCUAGCGAGGAUGAAGGACGGCAGGGAGGUGGCCAUGAAAAUACAGUAUCCUGGAGUGGCUCAGAGUAUAAACAGUGACGUCAAUAACCUGAUGGCGGUGCUGAACAUGAGCAAUGCCCUACCUGAAGGUCUGUUUCCAGAGCAUCUAAUAGAUGUCAUGAGAAGGGAGCUCGCGCUGGAGUGCGACUACAUCAGAGAAGCCCAGUGUGCAAAGAAGUUUAGGGAGCUCCUGAAGGAUGAUCCAUUCUUCUACGUGCCAGAGGUGAUCGAGGAGCUGAGCAGCAGUCAUGUCCUGACGACUGAGCUUGUUCCUGGGUUUCCCCUGGACCAGGCUGAGAGCCUGUCGCAGGACCUGAAGAACGAGAUCUGCGAGAACAUCCUGCUGCUUUGCCUCAGAGAGCUGUUUGAGUUCCGGUACAUGCAGACUGAUCCAAACUGGUCCAACUUCCUCUACGAUCCGCAGACACACAAGGUGGCGCUGUUGGACUUCGGAGCCACAAGAGGAUUCGACCAAAGCUUUACUGAUGUCUACAUAGAGGUUAUCCGUUCAGCUGCUGAGGGAGACCGAGAGGGAGUUCUGAAGAAAUCCAUUGAGAUGAAGUUCCUGACGGGCUAUGAGUCAAAGGCAAUGGUGAACGCACACGUCGACGCUGUAAUGAUCCUCGGCGAGGCCUUCGCCUCCACCGAGACCUUCGACUUCGGCUCCCAGUCCACCACCGAGAGGAUCCACAACCUCAUCCCCGUGAUGCUCAAGCACCGGCUCACUCCCCCUCCAGAGGAGACGUACUCACUCCACCGCAAGAUGGGCGGCUCCUUCCUCAUCUGCUCCCGGCUCAACGCAAAGCUGCAGUGUAACGAUAUGUUCCACACGGCUUAUCAGAAUUACUGGAAAGGCCGCACACCACCCUCUAACUUGGCAUAAACCGAUCAGCAUCAGGGCAUUUGAUGGAUUCGUCCCCAGGGGCCAACAGCUAAAGUGCCCAUUGAUGGUGAGGCUGGGGUGAGACGAGACAGACAUGCAGAACAGAGGCCUCACCCGCCCUUAAGUGGUGAUCAAACACUGGUGUGUCUUUCCGAUUUUGGGCAACUGACUGAUCAGCUCAUUGAAAAGCAUUAUACACACUCACAAGAACCUUUUUUUCUUUGUUUUGCUUUUGAACGAGGGAGCAGCAACAUUUAGGUGUGCGUGUGGAUGGAUGGCCCUGAAAGAAAAGCAAGAAUGUAAAAAAGUUGGAAUUUGAUAUCUCUUCUGAUUAUUUCAACACAAUUCUAGGAUGGUUGCAUUUGUGUUGCUGUGUUUUUUUUUGUUUUGUUUUUUUUCCUUGGUCCAGUUUGCCAUGAACCUCAUAUAGCAGGCAUCAGUCUCAGUAUUGGCCAGGACCAACGCGUCUGUGUCACAAAGAAGUCUUUCUGCUGAAGGCAGUUGACUACACUGACAUCCUACAUAAGACUCUGAGAAAUGUUUAUUGGCAGAUUCAGUGUUUAAAGUAAAAAAGUUCCACAAGAAGACAGUACGUACAGAAUCUUCGCGUCAGAGUAGCCAUGCAGACUUCAGUACUUAUAGAGGCUCUUUUGUCACAUUUCAGUUGCUCUUUAUGAUGUUUAGUUUCUUUGAUGAUAAUGUUUUUUGGGUGUACCAUCAAUCCAAACUGUUGAUCUGUUUAAUGAUAUCCACGAUCUGUAGAAGUUUAAGAACCUUUGACUAAGGCAUGCUAGCAGAUAUAGAUAUGAAUUUUUUUUUUUUGUUUGUUUUUUGUCCUGUCGAGGUUCUUUGUGUGUCUUUAAAUAGUGUCGGCAUUGGCCGUAUUUGUCUCUGAAUUCCAGGUGAUUACAUGCAUUUUUCCAACUUGACACAGAGUUGCUUCAUUCAGUAUCAGUUUCAAACCGUUAGAUGGGAAUUGUGUGUUGUAGGAAUUUAACCUCACUCUCCCAUAACAUAUCUAACAAAAAAAGGAGAAAAAAAGUGUCACAUCAGCUAAGGGCCUGUGCUCGGUCAUGACUGUUAAUGGACUACUGGGAUGGAAGAAAGCCGUCCUGCUAACGCACAACAUCAGCUUGUGGGCUAACCUCGCUCUCAUAAGCCGGUAUUCUGUCACACCUCCUCUGGUUUCAAACUCCUCUGUUACCUGGCAGGUGUUCAGCUGUGCAAGUUCUCAUUGUUCUGCUGCAUGGUUACAGUUCUAAUGGGGGCUGGUGUGAGAAUGGGGGAGAAAAGGAAUAAAAAUAAAUAAAUAAUGUGCCUGUCGUUUUCAGCAGACAGUUUUAAGCUAGAAACGUUAACUUUAUAUCUCGUAUUGUGUCUCUGGUUCCAAUUUUAUAAAUAAAAAUGCAUUCUUAACUGAGAAGUUAAAUAAAGUAAGGUAUGAAUGGACUUUAUGUCUACACCAGGGAAGUGGUUCAUUGUGGUUUUGUGCCAUUUUUGUCCCAGAAAUUGCUGCUCUUAAUUUGUCAUGUGUGUUUAAGAAUGAAAAAAACAGACAGAGUUUGUCGUCCUUUGUUAGUGUUAUCUUUAGCCUGCAAAAGAGGAAUUGGCAGGUAGCCUGGAAAAUGAGUACACACAGACACACACACAUCUAUUCACAAACUAAACAAAAGAUUUCUAAGUGUCUGUGCAAAAGAAUCACGCAAGAAAAAAAUGCAAAGAAAUGUGAGUGCGUUUACAUCAACACAUAAUGAUC